AUGCUCUAUGAAUUUAUUAACAACAACGCUCAGAUCAACCCCGCUGCGAGGCGACGCAUCCGAAGCCAUGCCGCCACGGGGAAGAACCUGGGGAAAACACUGGUGCGACGGUCAAGGAAGGACCUGCUCGGCCCAGCCCCAAGACCGGUUCAAGUGACCGUGCCUGAACGUAUUCAUCCGCCGCCCAAACCACACGAUUCUCGAGCCCAUCCACGACAACAUGCGGCGACUACGUUUGACCGCCAGAUAGGCGACGGAGUCUCUAUAUCUUCAUUGCCUAUCGAUUUUCUCGGCGAAUCUCGUGCACUAGUUCACAAAGCUGUAACUUUCUUCUGCCGCAUGCAUUACACGCCGCAAUUGUCCGACGCCUUCCAAGGACAUAAGGGUCCUCCUACAAUGUGGUUUCAGCUCGCAUUCGAAGACGAAGCAUAUUUUCACAUCGUAAUGGCCAUAUCGAUCACCAGUUUGAACAACGUGAUGGCGCAAGGAGAGGAUCCGGCCCUUGCUUUGCAACACCAAGGCCGCACAGUAUACUUGAUCAACUCAAGACUGUCCCAAGCGAACCCGGUCUCCAAUGCGAAUCUAGCAGUGGUGGUCAUGAUUGCCCAAUACGAACGUCUCCGCGGCCGGUUUCUCGAGAGUCUCGUACAUCUAGAUGGUCUCUACAGUAUGGUGGAAAUGCGAGGAGGAAUCGCGACGCUUAUCAGGGAUGAGCCCUCCCUUGGUCAAAAGAUCGCCAGGCUUGACCUUGAUCUAGCUCUCUACGUGGGCACAAGACCGCGUUUUGACGUCGCAAUUAUUACCAAUGAUAGCACCAGCAUACCGUGGCUUUCCGAGCCCUUGAUAGCAGAUCACGAGCAGGAGUCUUGCGGAUUUAGCGACUAUCUUGGGCUAAGCAUUCAGCUACAAAGCCUUGCUAAACAGAUCACCUGCCUUGGCCGGCAAGUUAAUGACGCACAUGUUGGACUUCGAACAGCUCUACAUACGCGAUCAUUUCAUGUUACACUCCUUCGCCUCGGCCAUCGACUAAUUCACUUCGGGCCCCUGGGAGGGCCACGACCAACAUCUGAGAUUGAUAAUGCCGUCCAGCUGGGAUUAAUAGCAUUCCUGGUGCCAUUCAUGCAUCAGCUUGAUGGAACAAUGCCGCAUUGUCCACUUCUUUCGCACCAAAUCCAUUUAGCCAUGCAACGGGAUUUCGCCACAGCGGAGCAUACCCAAGAAGUGUUGCUUUGGAUACUUCUAGUCAGUGGAGCCUCAGUGUUCUCACAACUGGAAGAUGACUGGUUGGUAUCUGCGGUCUCUAAGGCAACAAAGACUCUUGACCUAUGUACUUGGGAAGAGCUGGCCUGCGUUAUGGACAAAUACCCUUGGAUAGACGGGAUAUACAACAAACCGGCACGACUCCUAUGUGGAUUCUAG